AUGAGAGAAAUAGAGCUUGAAGAAUUGUAUGCUAGAGGAAGUACUUCUCAGAAAAGGUCAAGGGUGACCAUAGACUCUAAAUCUGCUAAAUCUCAAGAGAGGGAGAUCAAAGAGCAUUAUGAGGUUCAGUUGGCGGAAUUGACAAAGAGGCUCCAAAUCCAAACUGAUAUAGCCAAAUCAGAGAAAGCCCGUCGAAAGAAAGCAGACAAGCUCCUUAUGGAACGUCAAGCAAGGAUUGAGGGGUGUUAUGAAGAGAUUCGCAAGUUGAAGGGUCGAGUAGAGGAAAAGGGGCAAAGUGAUACUCAAGCUCAAGAGGAGGCCAGAGGUUGGGAAUUGAGAAGCCGUUACUUGGAGACCAUGCAUUUCAGAAAGGACCUAUUGAUUCAAGAAGUUGUUAAAAGACCAACCCAUGCUGAGACCAAAAAGCUAACUGUAGGUCGAAACAAAAUUAUUAAGGAGGCAGCUGCACAGAAGAAUGCUGAAGCUUCGAGAAGCAACAAAGCAAGUGGGAGUGAUUCUGUCACCACUGGCAAGAAACCAACGUAUGAAUAUUCUCAGAGCUCUAAACCUCCACCAACUCUGAAACGGAAGCCCUCGAACAGUAGUGUUUCAAAUGAUGAAGACAAGUCUCCCCCUCAUACCAGACAAGCUCCGAAGAAAAGACAAAAGACCACUAUUUCUUCAGCUAAAGAAAAAGGGUAUGGGACUUCAAAGCCCACCUCCUCAAGUGAUAAAGUUACCUCUGAUGAACAAAUUUUGAAAACCAAUAGUAACAUCCCAGUUGUCGAAAGUCACAAUUCGAGUCCAGAUAACGUCCCUCCCAAGGAAGAUAUAGGCACAACUACUUCUGAUUUCAAAGCUUCAAAUCUCAAUCUUGACCUUGACAACCCCCAAGGUGUCCCUCAACAAAAGUCUCCCAGCCUUUUUCCAGUUCUUGAGACUGAUGAACCUAGUAACAAGGCUGCUUCCCCUGAGCGUUCUGAAGAUACUCAUUGA